GUCCAGAAAGACCUCAUUCGGCCAGCCUGAUGCCGGGCAGCCCCAAACUCCCUGACCCUUAAGCCCCACGUGACACGCAAGUACUUGGUGAUCACAGAAGCAGCGAUUUCAAAAUCCGAAGGCCUGCGAAACUGUGGCAUAGCUCAUCCUCCUUUCCCGGAGACAAAAAGAACGGCCGGCCUGGGCCUGCUCCCUCCAGCAGAGUGACCGAUUCCUGCUGCUGCCCGGUCUGCUAGAGCCGAGCCUCUGCUGGAAGGAAGAGGGGAGGCGAGACCCCACAGGACACCCCUGCAUGCUUCCCAGGAUUAAGAACCUAUUUAUGAAGCAUCUUAUUUCGUGACCGAAGCUCCACGGUCAGUGAGACGUAAAUGGCCCCACUUCCCCCCGGCAUUCGCUUCAUCGUCUCGUUCUCCAGGGAUCAGUGGUACAGAGCCUUCAUUUUUAUUUUGACAUUUUUGCUGUAUGCAAGUUUUCACUUAUCUCGAAAGCCUAUCAGCAUAGUUAAGGGUGAGCUGCACAGCUACUGCACGGCUUCAUAUGAGGGGGAGGUCGGAUUCCACAGCCAGAGCCCAAAAGCCGGGGACACCCCCGCUCAGCAGCUCCCAGACAACGGGACCGACUGUGGCUGGGCCCCAUUUGAUCAGGACAACUUCCAGCAGCUGCUCGGCGCCCUGGACUACUCCUUCCUGUGUGCGUACGCUGUUGGCAUGUACCUGAGUGGCAUAAUAGGGGAGCGCCUGCCCAUUAGGUAUUACCUGACUUUUGGAAUGGUGGCCAGCGGUGCUUUCACUGCCCUGUUUGGGGUAGGGUAUUUCUACAACAUCCACAGUUUUGGAUUCUACGUGGUGACCCAGAUCGUCAACGGACUGGUACAGACCACCGGCUGGCCCAGCGUCGUCACCUGCCUCGGUAACUGGUUUGGCAAAGGGAGGCGAGGUUUGAUCAUGGGGGUCUGGAAUUCCCACACGUCUGUGGGCAACAUUCUGGGGUCCUUGAUCGCUGGCUACUGGGUGUCCACGUGCUGGGGCCUGUCCUUCGUCGUGCCUGGGGCCAUCGUGGCAGCCAUGGGGAUAGUGUGCUUUCUCUUUCUCAUUGAACAUCCGAAGGACGUCGCCUGCUCUUCCUCCCCGGCCAUGCAUCCAAAAAGCUACGAGAACGGCACGCACAGAUUCCGGCUGCAGAAGCAAGCGCUAACCGAGGAGAGGAGCAAAUCUCUGGACCCAGAGAUGCAGUGCUUACUGCUGUCGGAUGGAAAGCGCUCCGGCCACCAGAACCACGUGGUCGUUCUCCCGGCAGACGGCGGCGGCAGCAUCGUGGCCAUCAGCUUCGUAGGGGCCUUGAAAAUUCCCGGCGUGAUAGAGUUCUCUCUGUGUCUCCUGUUUGCCAAGUUGGUCAGCUAUACCUUCCUCUUCUGGCUUCCACUGUACAUCACAAAUGUAGAUCACCUCGAUGUCAAGAAGGCCGGGGAGCUCUCCACCUUGUUUGAUGUGGGCGGGAUCUUCGGUGGGAUCCUGGCAGGUGUGAUCUCCGAUCGACUGGAGAAGAGGGCCUCCACCUGCGGCCUCAUGCUGCUACUCGCAGCCCCGACGCUCUACGUAUUCUCUGCCAUCAGCAAAAUGGGUCUAGAAGCCACCAUCGCCAUGCUGCUCCUCAGCGGGGCCCUGGUCAGCGGGCCGUACGCACUGAUCACGACCGCCGUCUCUGCCGACCUGGGGACUCAUAAAAGUCUGAAGGGAAACUCCCACGCCCUGGCCACCGUGACCGCCAUCAUUGACGGAACUGGGUCUGUAGGAGCAGCGCUGGGCCCACUGCUGGCCGGGCUCCUGUCCCCGUCGGGGUGGAGCAACGUGUUCUACAUGCUGGUGUUUGCAGACGCCUGUGCCUUAGUGCCGGCCGCACUGGGGAAGCAGCUGGUCCCCGCACCCAAACUGUUCUAGAGUUCAGAACAGGAGCCGGGGCCGCCCAUGCAGCACUGAGCACUGCGGUCUCCGCGCCCCGCGUCUGUCCCCUCCUGCAUGCGACGGUCGGAGGCUUUCCCCAGGAUGGAGAAGGCCGGUCCCGACGGCACAGCCCUGCAGCGGCCACCUGCAAGAGUGGCCACCGCGCCUCCCCGACUGGUCACCCCGCGCAGGGGCCCAGACCUGAAGCCACCGUCUCCUCUCGCAUCACCCGGAAAACCGAAUGUUGAUCCCAUUACAAAUGAGUUGAGGAUCUUGGAAAUAUCGACUCCAUCAAUUAAAUGAAACCUUUAUGUUUUCAUUCCCGGAAGCCCUAAGACACAGCUCCCCCCAUUUCAUACAGAAUCAAAUACCGACUCUCAACUUAUGAACCUGUUAGGUGUUAAAAGCAGCUCUUCAAUUAAGUCCCCAGAUCAUUUCCGCCAAGUAGCAGUGACACUUCCAUCGUUAUGGCUGUUUAAGGCUGAAAACACUUCAAUUUCAGAAAUACCAGGUAAUAUAUACACUAAACUUCCUUUUAAAGCACAGCUAAACUCGUAAGAGAGGAAAGGCUAUCCCCAGGACCCCAGAAUGUAAAGAUAACUAAAAUAAGUACCCAGGCUGAUGCUGGAGCAGCCAGGGUGAGUCGUCGGUCUCAGGAAUUGAGGGGCUGGGUGGUUAUGCCUCCCCUCCCACAGCCCUGGGACUAAGGCGCGGUGCUGGGCUGGCCCAGGGUGCGGAGCUGGAAGUGGAGACCCCUCGUCAAGGCCGGACCGUCGGGGGUCCCUGCGUGUGGUGAAAGCAUGCACGUUUGCACACUGGUACAGAAGACAGCCAGGAUGUGUGCCGUCUCAGCCCACACGCCAGACUGGGGGCAAGUCUGCCCUGAGAACUUUUAGCCAUGGACCUGCUUACAGUAACCUUCCAUUUUUUAACUUAGCAUUAUGUAAAUAUGUAACACCUACAAAAAAUUAAGUUGGUUCUAGGGUGGUGAUGUACCUGGUUCUUCGGCAGAAGCAAAUCCCAAACCAUGUGCGAGGAACAGAGUUCACCCCCCACCGCGUGGGGCCUCUAACACCCAGCUGCAGAUGAGCUCACACUCCCAAAUCAGGAAACAGUAGGGAACGGCCCGCUGUGAUGCAGUGACAGGCACAACAAACAGACCUCCAAACGGCAGGUAAAAGGGUUAUCGCAUAAACCGUCAAAAUAAACACUUGUAACAUUACUAAGAUGAUCAUACUGAGUGAAGUAAGUCAGAAGGGAAAGGCAAAUACCAUAUGAUGUCACCUGUAUGUGGGAUCUAAAAUAGGACACAAAUGAACCAUCUGCAAAACAGAAACAAACUCGCAGACGUAGAGAACAGACUCUGGAGGCCAAGG